CUCAAAAUUAUGGAUUUUCUCACAAAAGCUGCAAAAGACUGUGGAGAAGAAGAUCAAGAGGAAGAAGAAUCAGAAGAUCAAGAAAUGAGGCAUAACAACAACAAUAAAAAUAAUGUUAUUGCAUGCGAUUUCUUCCCCCACCACCACCACCAAGAUCACCAUCAUCAGCCAGCUGAUCUUAUGGAUCUAACCCUAAGAAUUGAUGCGCACGGCGGAGGAGACGGCGGGAACGAGUUGGCAGUGGAGAGAGAGCACAUGUUCGACAAAGUCGUGACUCCGAGCGACGUCGGGAAACUGAACCGCCUCGUGAUUCCGAAGCAGCAUGCCGAGAAGUACUUCCCGUURGACUCUUCCAGCAACGAGAAGGGGCUGAUCUUGAAUUUCGAGGACCGGAACGGGAAGCCGUGGCGGUUCCGGUACUCCUACUGGAACAGCAGCCAGAGCUACGUGAUGACCAAGGGCUGGAGCCGCUUCGUCAAGGAGAAGAAGCUCGACGCCGGCGACGUCGUUUCGUUCCAGCGCGGCCUCGGGGAUUCUGCCAAAGACCGCCUCUUCAUCGACUGGCGCCGCCGCCCCGAAGCUCCCCGGCCCCACCACCAGUACUUCUCCAACCCUCUCCUCCUCCGCUGGCAUCCGCCGCCACCGCCCCGCCGCAGUAUCCACAUGAAUUACUCCACUCUUUACCCGAAUUACGCCUUCCAAAUGCCGAAUUCCGGGAUGGGCGGCGGCGGCGGGGCUAAUAAUUCGGUGUAUUAUUUCAGACCCCCGAUGGCGGCGGCUUCUUCUUCGUACAGAGUGGGAGAGAUAAUUAAUCAGGGUUGUUCUUCAAUGGCGGUUAACAAGGGUGGCUCCGGCGGUUCCACUACGGCGGCGAAACGGCUGAGACUGUUCGGAGUGAAUAUGGAGUGUUCUGCGCCCGAUGAUGGAGAAGGAGGAGGAGGAGAUCUGUCGAACGGUGACGUUUCGAUGGAAGCAGCUGAUCAAAUUUCCAGAAGAGGGAAACAACCCUUGUCGUUGAAUUGGGAUUUACUUCAUUAAAUCCCAAUUCCGAAUUCGAAUUUCUGAGUGAGUUCGUUCUUUUUUUUUUUCUUUCUGCAAAACAAAUUCAAGAGAAAAAACAACAGGAAACGAGGAAACGCAGGAAAGGGUUUGCAACAAAAAGAAAAAAAAAUUGAUAGUGGAAAUUUGGAAUGGAAAUUAUAUAUGAAAUUUCUCUUCUU